AUGUUACGCACCAAGUCAGCGUUCGCAGAGGUCCUGCAGACCUCGCUGAGUUCUCGCACCGUCUUCGUUAAAUGCGUGCCGGCCCCAAUCACGUUCUUCGAGCGUCGAGCCGUCUUGCGAUCUGUCCAAAAGCUUUCACAUGAGACUGUCGAGACGUUCAGGCAGCUGGAAGACAACUCUUCCUUCGUCGUGGUCACCACCAAACCGGGGACUGCGCAAGGUCUGGUCAACGAUUCUCCCAUCACGCGAGUGAUAAUCCAUCAUGACCCAAACGCUGCGGCCGCCCCCGACAGCGCGGCCUGGGGCGCCGAGUACGAUAUCCGAGGGGCAAUCACCACCCCGAUCAAUCCCAUUGCGCCCUCGAAGGCCCUGAAAGCGACGCCGGCUUUCGCCGAUCUAGGAUUGUCUCACAAGACUAUCACGCUGCACAUGUUCGCCGCGAACAAGUCCUACAAUCACAGGGAGGCGGUGAGGAGGAACCCGCUGCACGGCCGGUGGCCCUCGAAUGACGAUAGGGAAACCUUCACGUCGGCCGCCCUUCACAAAUCUGUACCAUCGGGUGUCAUGGCGCCAGCAUUGAAAGACUGGCACACUGCAAACCAGCUGUACCGUGAUUCCGUGAGUUUCACCGAUGAGGGGUCUGAAGGCGCCGCAGCCACUCUACUCGGGAAGAAGCGCCAUACCCCCAGAGAAGUGUACCUCUUGGAACGUAUCAGGGCGCGCUGGAACGCGGAAGGGAUGCCCGAUGUUAUGAAGAGUUUAGCUGCUUUCGCUACCGACAGUUCCCGCAGUCCAUCGCCCGCUCUCAACCCGCUAUCGGGAUCUCGGCAAGCCGUCAACACCCCCGGAGACAACGACGAAGGCCGAUGA